CCCAUUUCAAAGGAUUCAAGCUGAGCAGCUGCGAUAGAAUGAGUCGCAGUCUCCAGCAUGACUGGUUCUAACUCACCAUUUCAAAAUGCAUGCGAAUCGCCGGACUUGCAAUUCGCCAUGGACUUGAGCGAGGGCGGACGCCGCACAGAUACCGACCGCACUGAACGUCUGGGGAGGCAAGCCAUUUCCUUUGACCGUGAUGGGUUCACGAAACUUCGGGAGAGGCUAUCAGCGAUGGACGUUCGCGGCGAAGGGAUCGCAUCGUCGACAACCACACAAUCUCUUAUACACUCAAUAUCACACAACUCGACUUCAGUGCUCUCUCUUGCUGUUGAUGCCGAAAACGAGCUGAUCUUCAGCGGAUCCCAGGGCGAAUGCAUCUAUGUAUGGGACCUACAUACUUACUUUCCCAGAGCCCGACUCGAAGGCCACACCUCUUCAGUCCUAGCGCUGGAGUUUGCUCCCGAAAGAAGUUGGCUUUUCAGUAGCAGCGGGGACAACACGGUGCGAAUUUGGGACACAAAAUCUCUGAAGCCCAUCUACGUCGUAUACCCGGCUGACGACAAUGUUGGCGAUAUUUUUGCGCUGAAAUGGUGUGAGGAGUUGGAAACGCUCUUUCUCGGGUGUCAGAACACGUCGAUACAGUGGAUCAGCUUUACCGGUGCAGACCCAUCGCGGUCAGCUGGUGUCAAAGAGGACACUAGCACCAAGCAGCACCCUGCUUUCUCUGCACCGCUUGGAGAGAGCAAGGGCACGCCUUUCGACACGCCGAUACACAAGCCCAACAAAUUCUUCGAUGGGGCCCCACUGUCCAUGCGGCGAACAACCUUGGCAAGCAACGCAGGAGCUACGCCGUCAAGACACCAGACGGAACUCAUCAGUCAUGCAUCCAUCCUUCCAACAAUACCGGCGGAGUCUGAGCCUGAGGCUGAAGCUGUGCAACUUUCGAGCAGAUGCAUUGUCGCAAGCGCGCAUUACGGGUACAUUUACGCCUUGGAGCUCGUGCGACUUUCACCGGACAAGCCUCUGGUACUGAUAAGCGGGUCAGGCGACGAAGACAUCAAGCUAUGGCAGGUUGAGUCGCCUUCGCCCGACCGACCUUUCGGUGGCUUGCAUCACCUCGCAACUCUCCACAAUUCAGAGGCGGGUGUCCUAGCGCUCGCUACCUGGCAGAGCACUCUCUUUGCAGGCCUUCAAGGUGGACAUGUCGAUGUCUGGGACCUGGAGACUCUGACAGUGCUGAGGACGCUCAAGGCAGGUAGCGAUGAUGUGCUAUCACUCAGCGCGUUGAGAGCCUCUGGCUUAAAAGGGUCGUCCUCGGUCAUGUUCACAGCCUGCGCAGAUGGCACUGUCAAGCGUUUUGAUGCUCGAUUCCGCUGCACAGCUGAGUGGAAAGCUCAUGAUGGUGUAGUACUGUGUUCUGUGAUUGCGAUGCGUCCCGUUUCUCAGCAAGCCUCAUCAUCUCACUGCUUAGCGACGGAGGCACGGCUGCUUACAGGGGGUUCGGAAUCACUGCUCAAAAUCUGGAAUAUCUCAAGCAAAAACUCGCUUUGCAGCCAAGUACCCACGUCGGCUGCGCACGCAAUCCUUGGCACAUCGUUCGAAAGCCUCUCCGGCACGCCGGGAACUCCAACGUCAGGCGCGGACUUCAAAGUGUUGAGCAAAGAGCAAAGCGAUGCGAUGCUGGUGCGGUCUCUCUCCGACUUUGUCGGCUUCCAGAGCGUCAGCAGCGAAGACACGCGGGAGCAAUGCAGGCAGUGCGCUCUUUGGCUGAAGAACUGCCUGACAGAGCUGGGUGCAGAGGCCAAGAUCAUUGCCGGCGCGCCACAUCGGAACCCGCUCGUCAUGGCCACGUUCCGCGGCAGAUCGUCCCUGCAGGAAGCUGGUUUAUCCGGUCCUGCCGCCGCGAAGCAGAAGAAGAGAAAGCGUUGUCUGUUCUACGGACAUUAUGACUGCAUUGGAGUGGACGGGCGGAAGUGGGAAUCGGAUCCUUGGACCAUGGUGGGGCGAGACGGGUAUCUAUACGGCAGAGGUGUAAGCGAUAACAAGGGACCAACGUUGGCGGUCGCGUACGCUGCGAGUCAGCUGCUUAGUCGACGAGAAUUAGAAAACGAUUUGGUUAUGCUGAUAGAGGGCGAGGAAGAGCGAGGCAGCGUCGGCUUCAAAGAAGCACUCAUGAAGGCCAAAGAGGAGAUCGGCCCUAUUGACGUCGUGCUCUUGUCCAAUUCGUACUGGCUUGGAGAGGACAAUCCGUGCAUGACGGUUGGCCUACGUGGUGUGGUUCGCGCGACUGUCCGGAUAUCGGGACGCAUGUCAGAUGUGCACUCUGGUGUUGAAGGUGGUGCUGUGCGCGAGCCAAUGGUCGAUAUGAUUAAUCUGCUCAGCCAAGCCUCAACAGGCGACAAGGUAUUAAUCCCGCAAUUCUACGACGCAGUGCGCGUAGUUACGCCAGCCGAGCGGGAAUUCUACGCCUCGAUCGCAAAAAUGAACCAAUCAAGAGCGCGCAACGCCGAGGACUUGAUCGCUCGUUGGCGUCUUCCGACGUUUAGUGUUCAUGGCAUCGAAGUCAGUGGGCCGGGUAACAACACUGUGAUUCCCAACACAGUCGAAGCGGCCGUGAGCAUUCGCAUUGUGCCCGAUCAGUCCCUCAAGAAGGUCACUGCGUCGCUCAUUAGCCACAUCGAAAGCACGUUCAAGCAGCUCCAUUCGUCCAAUGAGCUCUCUGUUUCCAUCGACCAUUCGGCCGAUUGGUGGUCCGGUAAGCAGGACUCGCCGUUUGCGAUGGCACUCGCCAAGGCGAUCGAGGAGGAGUGGAACCAGUCGCCGGUGAAGAUCUGUGAAGGAGGGUCAAUCCCAGCGGUUGCCAUUCUGGAGAAGGAACUCAAUGCGCCAGCCGUGCAUCUGCCUAUGGGCCAAGCCUCGGACAGCGCGCACUUAAGCGACGAGCGCAUGCGCUUGCUGAACCUGCAGAAGGGCAAAGCGGUGCUUUCGACAUUUUUUAAGAGUCUACCGUCUUUGUAACGGUAGCACUAGCAUGUAUAGAAUGAGUUUAGUGCAUCUCAAUGCGAAAG